AUGUGCCGCCAGCUCGCACUCUCUCCUCUUACUGAGCGUCCGAAUUAAACAAGGACCUCCGCGGUCUACUUGAUCCAUGUCCGCUGUCCUCGCACAGACAAUUCAACGCGGAAGUCAAGCAGCGAAGCGUUAAGGAUUCAACUUUGCUUUUUGGUUUUUAACGCCCGAUCGUCUCGACUUGCUUUUUUUUUUUUUUUUUUUUUUUUUGGUGCGUUUUCCUCUUUCUCCUUCUUCUCCGACACAAGGACGUUAUUCUGCCGCUCGGCGACCUCCACUUUGGGAACAUUUGAAGAGCAUGAGAGUGUCUUGCACGGCGAAGAGCAUGUUGGCGCUUUGGCUUCUUGCAGCUGCGGUGACCACGACCCACGGACGAGGUCCAAAUGAAAAUGAUGGCAUAAGGAGGUCGACUUUAGAUAUAAACAACGAUUACAUUACACACCCAUCAACAGAAGACACAGAAGGUGAUGUCCCUUGGGUCACCACUGCAUCACCGAUUAACAGCCCGGACCACCAUCCAGUCCUUAAGGGUUUGAAGAUUCAUGAGCACCUUCUCUUACGGGACUUUCAGGGGGACCAGCACUUUUUUCGAAACGAUGGCUCUGUGGUGGCGUAUCCCACCAUGCCAAGCUCUGCCUCAGAUUCAGUGCAGCCAGUCACUCAAACAAUUCCCCAUGAGGAUGCCCCAGCUUUCUCAGACAUCGCUUCGACGGCUACGGUGGCUGCCACAUCAUCACUUACCACAUUCUCCUCAACAACACCCAAACCUCUGAUGUCUCUUCUCCAGAAGUCCUCCCUCACCACACGAGUAACACCAAAUAAUGACAAGACACCAGAGGCUUCUUUUACAUUGCAGAGAGAUCAACCCAAACCUUGGAGCGCUUUAAGCGGAGAUGCAAAUAUUGCACCCUCCACAAUGAGAAUGGAGAAAGAGCAGUCAAAGGAAACAACUCCAAAAGACAAUCCCAGUCCCAAACCGCCAUUCCCAAACCUAACAUCCCGAACAGAGGGUGGUGCCACAACGUCAACUUCUCUAAUCACGACUACGACAAUAACCACCAUGCAAACAUCUGAGCCGUGCAGCCUAAAUUUCACUGACCCUGAGGGCAACAUUGAAAUCCUGCAGCAGCUUGACGCCACAAUGGAGUGCAACUACUUGAUUACGGUCUACCUGGGGUAUGGCAUCGAGGUUCAGGUCCUGAAUGCAAGUAUGUCAGAAGGGGAGCAAGUGACAGUGGAGGACACAGGUGGCCGAGAAGCUUUCGCCCUUGCCAAUGAGACGGUCCUAAUACGUGGACUCGUAUUACGUAGUCGGAGCAACCAGAUCUCUAUCCGUUUUCGUAGCGACCAACAGCGUAACUCCGGAGUCCUCCAGCUUCAUUACCAAGCCUUUGUGCUGAGCUGUGCGUUUCCCAAAGAGCCUUCUGGGGGAGAAGUUUCCGUGACACACCUCUACGCUGGCGGAGAAGCUUACUUCAACUGCUUCACUGGCUACAGGUUGAGAGGUCCCAAAACGCUCACCUGCCGCAACGCCACCACACCUUACUGGAGUGGGAAGGAGCCCCAGUGUGUGGCGUCUUGUGGGGGAAUGAUAAAAAAUGUCACCUAUGGCCGCAUUGUCUCGCCUGGAUUUCCUGGCAACUACAGCAACAACCUGACAUGCCACUGGGUCCUGGAGGCCCCCGAGGACCACCGGAUACAUAUUCACUUUGAGAAAGUGGCGCUGGCAGAGGAUGACGACAGGCUGCUGAUUAAGAAUGGCAACCAUAUCGACUCCCCGCCUGUGUAUGACUCCUAUGAAGUGGAGUAUUUGCCCAUCGAGGGGGUGCUGAGCACAGGGCGAUAUCUGUUUGUGGAGUUUACAACAGAUGGGACGCUGACCUCCACCGGUGCCGCCAUCAGAUAUGAAGCUUUUGCAAAAGGAACGUGCUACCAGCCUUUUGUGAAGUACGGCAAUUUCAGCAGCAGUGACUCAACCUAUAGUGUGGGUGCUGUGGUGGAGUUCUCGUGCGACCCGGGUUACACGAUGGAGCAGGGCUGUGUUGUCAUCGAGUGUGUGGACGCUGAAAAUGCUCAGUGGAACGAGACCGAGCCGGCCUGCAGGGCUGUUUGCAGCGGGGAGAUCACAGACUCUGCCGGUGUGGUGUUGUCUCCUAACUGGCCGGAGGCCUACGACAAGGGCCAGGACUGCAUCUGGGGCGUCCAUGUGGAAGAGGACAAGAGGAUCAUGCUCGAUAUCCAAGUACUUAACCUGGGUAAAAAUGACCUCCUGACAUUCUACGACGGUGAUGACCUGUCCGCCAACAUUCUUGGUCAAUACAGCGGCAAACGUCCUCACUUCAAGCUCUACACGUCCAUGGCUGAUGUCACCGUUCAGUUUCAGUCAGAUCCUGCUACAAACAUCUAUGGUUACAACAAUGGCUUUGUGGUGCACUUCUUUGAGGUCCCAAGGAACGACACUUGCUCCGAGUUACCAGAGAUCACCAAUGGCUGGAAGAGCACGUCCCAUCCUGACCUCAUUCAUGGCACCGUUGUCACCUACCAGUGCUACCCUGGAUAUGAAUUGGUGGGGUCUGAGAUCCUCAUGUGCCAAUGGGAUCUCAGUUGGAGCGGGGACGUGCCGAAAUGUCAGCAAGUGACCACAUGUCAGGACCCUGGAAAUGUGGAGCACAGUCGGCGGGUGAUCACAGGCACCCGCUUUGCCGUUGGAUCAUCUGUGCAGUUUGUGUGUAACAAAGGUUACACAUUGUCAGGCAGCAACAAUGUCCUUACUUGCUACAACAGAGAUUCAGCCAAACCCAAGUGGAGCGAUCGUCUGCCCAAGUGUGUUCCUGAAAAGUACGAGCCAUGCAGGAAUCCCGGUGCUCCGUCCACCAGUGCACAAAGUUCCGAAAAGGCUUUCUACCAAGCAGGCGAGACCCUGACCUUCGCCUGCCACCCGGGCUACGAUCUUCAGGGCGGUGCCACUAUCUACUGCAUCCCUGGACAUCCGUCACAGUGGAACAGCACACCACCUGCUUGUCGAGCCUCCUCCAGUCAAUAUGUGAACGAACGCAGGUUGGACGGUGAGUUACGCUUUGAUAUGUUGCGGCAACAAAACACUGCUAUCACUAUUAUUUUUCAGAAUGUUUUUUUAGAAAUAAUUGUUGUUGUUCUGAUCCCGCAGUUGUCAAUACAGAUUAUGGUAUCGAGGGAACCAAUAUCGCCCUCGCCGUCUUCAUUCCAACUGCAAUCAUUUUGGUGGUUGUCCUUGGGAUUUAUGUCUGUGCUGCGAAAUAUCAAGGGAAGUCUAUCAGCAUGCCGACGGCCUCGCCACCGUAUGACAACAUGGCGGAGGAGUCGGCCUUCGAUAACCCAGUUUAUGACAGAGGAGACUACCUUCACAGAUCUACUGCCCUGGAUCCCAGGUUCAAGUGCCUGUCUCACAUGGACCCUGCCCUACGCCAGAGGACAUACAGUGACCUCACCACUGAGAUUGUGAGCAGUCAGGGCACUGAAGACUAGGAUGAGCACUGGCAGACACAUUCUAGAUACUAAACCCUGUCAGUAUGUUCAUUUUGGCGCCGCUUCAUAACGACUAUGAGGUGAGCCUGUUGCUGAGAGCGCAUCUCACACACUUUCACCUGAGCCUCCAGAAUAAUCCUGUUGAUUACUUGGUCACACCCAUUUAUGCUCUGUGGUGGUGAAUAAUGUACUUUUCUGUAUGCAAAGGUUAAUUAUAUUGGUGACAUCAUGUCUCCCUUAAGCGAAACACAUCAUCAUGAAUCGUGCACAUAACAUUAUUGGAAAUUAGCACGUGUUUAACAUUAAAGGUUGCUUUUUUUACAAACUACUACUUAGAAAAUACAUACAACAUUAUAUGGUAUCAGAAAAAAGCAGCCAGAACAAUAUCCUUUUGCAGCCAACUGCCAAUAUACUAACGGCAUUGCAGCACGGUGUUAUGUAAUACUGGCACUUCACUAGUAUGUACUAAAAGCAAAGUUUUACACACAUAAGGCCUGAUCUAGUAAAACUAUUAUAAUGGAUCUAGGAGAUCUAUUGUGAUACUUGAUCACCUAUAUGAAAAAAUAAAAAUCAUAAAAAAAGACAUCUGACACUAAAACAAAUCAAUUGAAUUUGUUUUAAACCAGCCCGUUAAAUCUUCCACCAAAUAUAAAAUUACAAAAUGGUAUCACUGAAUAGAAGAUAUGUUCAAAUAUAUUAACAUGCACACAGAUGGAACCCUCUCUGUUCAUUGUCUGUAUUUUUAUGCACUUAUUUUUGCUGUAUUUAUCUGACACAUGUGAAAGGGUGGUCCGAGAAAAUAAUGUCUCCAUUAAACCAGUCGCUAGUGCAAUAAAGUUUGGGGACUUGUGGUCUGGAUCAUAUAUAUUGGCUAUGCUUUGAGGUAAAUGUUGUGUAAACGUUGCUCUACAGUCACUUUUAUAACCCACUUUCUAUGUUCGUGUGUCGAGGCAUUCUUUUCAGAUUGCAAAUGAAACCACACCUAACCCUCUCCAAAAGUAUCCAAAUGUAUGUUUUGAAAAUGUACACUGUGUCACUGUUUUUUUUUUUUUUGCCAAAUAUGGUCAAAACAUUUUUUUGAUCAUAAUCAUUAUUAUAGAUUCACCCGGUCACAACAUUAGAUCCACCUGCCUAUAUUUGGAUGGCAAAGAAAAGCAUAAAUGCAUAAAAAAGCUGAAUGUAUGUAUUUGGAGGCUGCACAUAUACAGUGUUUAUGUUUUAAAAAUGUCAUCAGAUACCCUUUGAUUGAUUUGUGUGUCUGAUCUUUACAGGACUAAAGAAAAAAAGAUUAAGGUGUCAAUUUAGAGACCUUGUAUUGCUCAAGCUUUGCCUCGGGAUCUUCCUCUGCACUGCUCAUCUUUUCCUUUCACGUAUUCUGUAAAUAUGUCUUUCCAAGGUCAAUUCUAUGAAUUUGUGGAUCACCAUGGUGAUAUUUUUAUAAACUAAAUUGCUGAUGACCGAAGGUGAUUACAUAAAUUCUCUGUAUUUUUGAUUCCCCAACUCAGUCUCUGUUAGUCCUUAAGGGGAAAGGGGCUUUGUUGAAACCCAUUCCCAUUCCCAGUCACAUCGUUCCACUUUAAUCAUUGAUUUGCCACCUACUGUAUUUUGUUUGUGUGUAUGAAUCUGCUUUUUGUAAAUAAACUGCCUGUCCAAUACAAGUGUCUCCUCACUGGUACCAACCUGAGAAAAGCAUAUACAAGUAUUGAACCAUUAUAAUCUGGUGUACUGCCAAUGUAACUACUCUUUACUUACAUAUUUAAUCAUGCAAGAAGAACCAAUGGUACAUCCCAUAAUCAAUAUGUUCUCAGCUAAGGAGGUUCUGCUUUAAAUGUGUUAGUAUUUGCCAUUGCUACAAAAGUGUAUUUAUAUAUCUACAACAAUAUUAGAGAGAUGUUUUACCAUUUCAAUUAACACAUUUAGCGGCAUUAAAGUCGAUCCAACAUCACUACAUUUUAUUGGAAGAAAGGUGUGAUAUUAACCCUGUGAUGCAUCAUGGUCACUACAAAAGCUGUUUUCUGCUACUGUAGGAAGGAGAUUCAUAUGGCCCCAUUCGUCCCGGGGUUACCUGACACAUGAAACGUGACAAACUGGGGGGUGCGCUAUCCAUUUUAGCCGCCAGACGGCAGUAGUGUUGAAUAUCUUAAAAUGUGAUAUGUGGCAAUUCCAACUUUGACCACAGCGUUAGUUACUAAGCAGAGUGGCACUUUCCAUCAUUUUCAUCAGACUGCAUUGCAAAAUUAUUAACCACCCCCACUUUCCUCUCACGCGAGAUCCACCCAGGAAUGGGGACAUAUGAAUCCCUUCACUACUGUAUAAGCAGGGGUCUUAAUGUCAAAGCUGUUGUUCCCUGCCAUGCACUGCCACCAACUGGUCAGCUUUUGCAAGUGCAAGAAAGCCCUCCUCAAAAACAAGAUGGCUGACGGACGUGCAGAAACGUGGCGCAGGGGAGGAAUAUAUGUUCAUUCCUUCUAUCCUAGAAGGCCCUGGCAGGUAUAAAAAUACGGAGUAUUGAUUUUUGUGAAUUGAAGACAUUUUGUUCAUGUACGUAUGUUUCCACUGAUUUGGACAUGUCCAUCGCUGGCUAUAUUUUGACUGCCAUGUAUAAUAUUGCUGCCACUUUUGUUGUUUUUUUAACUCUUUUGGCUGCAAAUCCUUGUAUUUAUGUUAGAAUGAAAAAGUUACUUUGGAAGUCAAGCGCCUCAGUGUUUUUGGAAAAUGUAUUUAACAGCAUUGGAAUAUGUUAAGGUAUAUACAUGCAUUGUUAAAGAUCAUUAAAAACAUUUUAUAGUGUUCACACAAUUGUAUUUUCUUAAAAAAUAUAAACAUGUUUUUCGUCAUUUAAAGUUUGCAGAGAUUUCACCAAUUUGUUUUUGUUUUAAGUUGAUUCAUUCCCAUAGAGCAGGGAUAUUCAACCGGCAGCCUGAGGGUCAAAUCCUGCCCGGAAAUGACAUCAUUUCGGCCCCCUAGUUCAGUUCAAACUGAGACAAAGAUUUUUGCAGAAAAUUCCUAAAUACAGGAGUGCUCCUGUUGUAUAGAGGAACUUGGACCACUUCACACAUUGGCACAUCCUUGUUUUGACAUUUGAACUUUGCUAGCAAACAGAACAAACUUGUGAUGUACAUACCUGAGGUGGCCCUCAAGGCACCCUUUUACACUAAAUCCUCUCUUUCUUGAAACUUACACAUGUCUUUCAUAGUGCGAUUUAUGUAACUAAGGUGUUGCUGUAGCUUGUUUACUUCAGAUGCAGUCAGUAGUCAUGUGUUCAACUUCUUUAGUUAUAAUUGUGGUGUUCCUCAGGGUUCCAUUUUAAGUCCUCUCUUUUUAUGUCAUUUGGGCUGUUCAAGUUGUGGCCCCUUAGUUCUGUUUAAAAAAAAAAAAAGUGUGCUUUUAUAUAGAUGAUCUUUGACUAGCUUUCCUUAAAAAACAGCAGAGCACUCCUGUAACUCUGACAAAAUAAUUAGCCCAAAAUCACUUGUCUACUCUAGAGGACCAAAUAUGACUAAUAGUGAGAGGGAAAAGUCUGGCCCCCCAGUCCUAAGCUUUUUGGAAAUGUGGCCCCCGAAACAAUUUAGUUGAAUAUCCUUGCUAUAGCGAGUAAUACAAUAACUGGAAAAAAAAAUUCCUGGAGUAUGUAAUUCAUGCAUCACAGGGUUCGUUUCAGCAAUAGUGUCCAAUAAUUGUCAAAGGGGGACUUGCACUUUUUGGGGGGAAAUUUGCCCAUCAUCUGCAAUUUUUAUGAGAGCCAAAAACCACACGACUUUCCCUUUUAUGCGCGUUCUAAGUAGUGACAAACUGCUAGUAAAAGGUGGCUAACAAUACAGGUAAUGGAGAUACGAUCAAUUCCGCCUACAGCCCUAUAAAAAAAAAACCUCUGAAAACCUCCAAUACUGUUUUAUAUCCAUGCUGUACAUAUAUGUAUAAUGUAGUAAAAGGCAUAUUCAUGAUAACAUGUAAUAAUUACCGUAUUUUGGUCAUUUUAAGCAUUACAGUAAGUUCUUUCCUAGGCACAUUUAUUUCAUGGAGCACAUGGUAACAAACGUUACUUCCAACAACAACAACGCCUUCUGUGUUUGCUACCACAUAAUAUCAGGGCGUUAUCAUGUAGCACUAUUACCUAAAGUUAAAAAAAUAAUAAUAAUUAACAGGUACUUACAAUGUCGGCUAUAAGUGGGAUUGUUGUAUCUUUCAACAGCACUGCUCUUCUUGAGCUGGUAAAUUCAGAAUAAUCUUCACUCCUCGGAUAAAAAAAAACAAAAAACGCUUCCUGGCAAUGUUGUGCUAGUCUUAUGCUGCUUUCCAUUUGUUGAGAACCACAUAGAAUCAACUUGGUAGUGUAUGGAUUUUCAGAGUUGCGCAACUUUCUAGUUUGGUGCCCCAACCUUCUACUCUGCAGGUGAGAUGGAUGAUUUAUGACCUAGUUUUAACUUUGACAAACUGGAGCAGUUCAACCAACCCUAUUAGCAGCUGGCUACUUGCUAGUGGUCGGAGGGUCAAUGUGUUUAGAAAAGUAGUUCCUCUGUGUUAGCGCUUUCGCUACAGUUUGGUUAACAUGCAGGUCACGGCAUGUAAACAGACAUUGCUGGCGGUCUUUAGAUGUUUUUAGAGCGCUUUAUAGGCAAAAAAGAUGACUUCUCUGCAUUGUAACCUCCUCGUACUAGCAGUUUUUCACUGUUUAGAACGCACAGAACAGAGAACGACAUGUGUCUUGCCUCACAUAAGGACCAUGGAUGAUGCGCAACAUUUCUAAAAGCACUCACAAUGUGCCUUGUGGUUUGCACUGAAUACACAAAUGUAACAGCUGUCACAGUACAGUAAGCAAAUAGAUCCCGAUGUUCAUCUUUUUUCAGGUGAUCCAGGUGUCUGUGAUAUUUGCAAAUUGCACAGAAACAGCAAAAAUGCUAUUUGCAUAUAGUAUGUCUCUUUUUUUCCUCAUUACAGAAGAUGCUAUCACACCCACAGGAAUGUGACUUUAAUGCAAACAUGAGAUAUCACAUUAUAGUCUAUGUUAUCUCUGUACUUUAAAACUACCAUAUGAAAGGUCAUGUGACCUUAAACAAAUAAAGAUUUCAGCUUUA